AUGGACGCUGUAUACAUCACGUCCUACCCAGGACGACCCUCGACCGCCGACAGCGUCAUUGAAGCGCCCGCCAACGGCGCCGUCGCACCGCCGCACCGCCGAUGGAAGCUCACGGUCCGUCUCCACGGCCAGCAGUCGCGCCCGCACACCCACGACGUCGCCCUCGUCGACCCCUUUGUCGACGCCGACUACCAGACCGUCUUUGAGAAGUACCUGCGCAUCACAGACCGGGCACCAUGGAGCCCCGCGAGCCUGUCCGCCGGGCCAAUUCCAGCGACAGCGUCCCCGUCGUCGUCGCGGCCGGGCAGCCCCGACGACAUCACCCGCAUGGAGCGCCAGAUCUACGGCUACGCGCACUCGCUCCUCAGCCAGCUGCGUCUGCGGGAGGAUAUGCUGCGGCAAAAGGCCACGGAUCUGCAGCUCUACAUUGUCGAGCACCACGAGACGGACCGCGACCUCGAUGCGGCGCCGCCGGGCAUACACUGUCUGGCGUGGGAGCUGCUCGAGUCCAUCCGCCUGCCGACGCUGCCCGGCCUGAAGCUGCGCGUGAGCCGCGUGACGGACUUUCCGGCGCGGAGGGGCCUGCGCGGCGGGCUGUCGCUGCCGCCCAAGAUGCAGACGCUCGCGCAGGUGCAGGCGGACCCGUCCGGCAUGUACAAGGUGCUGCUGGUGGUGGCGCGUGACUUUUCCAAGACGGGUGCCGACCGCGACGCCGAGCCGGACCUCGCGCAGUACCCGCUCAUGAACGUGCAGAAGAAGCUGCGCAGCAGGAUGCUGCUGGAGGUGGUGCGGCCGGGGUGCGUCGAGGAGCUGGGCGCGCACCUGCGCACUAGAAGCUUGCAGGGCGUGCACUUUAACCUUGUGCACUUUGACCUCCACGGGCAGGUUUUGCCAGAUCAGGAGCUUGAAGACGAUGUAUACUAG